AUGGCACGUGCAGAAUACAGCGUAUACGGGACGUUUAUCCGGUUUGGGCAAAGAUGCGAGGCUACCGGCAUUGGCCAGCUAGAGUGCAACGAUAUAGAAGAACGGGAAAAUGUAAAGUGUUUUUCUACGGAACACAUCAAAUGUGAGAGCGGGUUCUUGUCACACAAGAAUUUGUUUUCAUUUGAAGAUCAUAAGACUAAAUACAACAAGCCAUCGAAGAGGAAGAGUUUUCUGGAAGCAUUAAAUGAGAUUGAAAAUAACCCAGAUAUUAAGGAUCUAAAUGAGCUGUCUGACGAGGAUGGAAGCAGUGGCAAUGAGGACUACCAACAGGAGGAACAGAUGCACGCGUUGUCCUGGACAAUGAGAAGAAGGAAGAGGCGGCCACCCCCGUCAAAAAGAGUUCCCUUUUCCAAACUUGACAAACAGAUGAUGAAGAUACAUCAAAUAAAUUUGGUACAUGCAGUUGGCAAAUUUCACAUAGAAUAAACCAGAGGCAUACGCCGUAAGAAUUCUCCGUCUUCAGAGAAGACAUGGAUUACAAAGAAGAUGCACCUGCAUCGAAUGCAGGUUUGUCUGCCAGGGGCAGCAGUCCUGGGCCCGGCAUGUAAAGAAAUUACACAAGGGCCGUCACCCUAUCCCCUAUGAAUUUAUAAAAUUCGUCAGAAAAGGCUGGAUAAAUCUUCCACCUUGGAUAGUACUGUGAUUACUGAACCUCAUUGGCCUUCCCAAAUCAGAAGCUCUGUCUAAAACUGCAUAUAAAUAGAAAAAUAAGUAAAUAAAAUUCAGGAUUUAUAUUAAUUUGUACAGUGGGGAUGCAUCAAAUUAAACGUCUACAUGGCAUUCCACCUUCAUUUUCUGAUUGUUCUGAGUGUCUUUCUUCUUCUUCUUCUUCCAUCUCGACCAAAUCAGAAGCUCUGAAGCAGUCUAGAAAAAAUAACAAUUUGUACAUUUGCAUACAUUAAUUAAUUAAGUUAAAAUUAAGUUAAAUGUAGGAAUGUUGGGACAAUGCCAUUAACAAUGUACUAUAAGGCUUCUCCUUGCUUCAAUUGUAGCAACCGCAAGCAACGAUAGAAUUGUU